GCAAACUUGGCAGCAGAAGGCAGGCCCAAAGGAAGAAUUUCAAUUUGAGGAACAGGAAAGUCAUCCCUUCGAGAGUAAAUGCUAUCCUAGUGGGAGGAGUCAACACUACAGGUUUGAAGGAGCAAUACGGAGUCAAGGCCAAUCCGCCAACUGGACAUCUUCCAGAAAGAGGUUGACAGAGAGGAACGAAAUCGACAGAAGGAUCGAUUUGAGGCGCAACUCAAAGCACGUGGCCCUACCCUAUCAAGAGACAGACUAGAUCCCCAACAAAAAGAUCAAAGGGAUCAAACAUGGCGAAAGGCCAACUAUGAAACAAAUGGAAAAUCCUAUUGCCCUCCUGAUCAAAGAAGGAGAUCGAUGGUCAUUUAAUUGAACAUCACAGUUUCGAUCUUCAGUCAAUAUAAAGAUUGUGGUCUUUUCGUCAAAUGGACGAGUAAAUAAGCUAACAAAAUGAAGAUUAUUCAAUGGUGGAUGAACAAUUAUCAUGGCCGAGUGGGGUUCCCUAGGGCACAUGAUAUGGACUACCAUGACCCAGAGAAUAUGGGUUUCCAAGUGGAAAAACAUCGAGCUGUGAAUAUCGAAGUUGAAGAUAAUGAUCCUCUGGAAGAAGAUGAUCAUGCGCCAGAAAACACAGUUGAAGAUGAUGGUACAAAUACAUUGAUUCAUGACACAUUUAGUACUGGUGCAACUGAUCAUGAUGAUCAAGAUGACUUUGAUGUUGUUCAUGAUUUACUUGUACUUGAGAAGGCAUAUGAGCCUCUUUACAAAGGCUCCCAAACAACUCUUCUCUUUGUUGUGUUGUUGAUGGUGAACUUGAAGGUUAUGAAUGGUUUAUCCAACAUAGCAAUCUCACAUAUGUUAAGAUUGAUAGGUGAUUUUUUGUUACCACCAUCAAAUAUUCUACCUCGUUCAUAUCGAGAAUUAUCUGCCAUUAUGAAAGAUAUUGGAAUGGAGUAUCAAGCAAUAGAUGCAUGUCCCAAUAAUCAUAUUAUAUAUCAUAAACAACAUGAAUUUGCAACAGAAUGCCCUGAAUGUCAUAUCAGUAGAUAUUGAACAGAUCAACUAACAAAAAAGGUGCCUUGCAAGGUUCUUCGUUAUAUUCCCUUUUUUCCACGUUUGCAACGAUUAUUUAGGUGCGAAAGCUUGGCACAAUUUAUGGAUUACCAUGCACAUAAUAUAAGUCGAGAUGACAUUCUUUGAAUGCCUGUGGAUGGUUCUGUAUUUAUGGACAUAGAGGAAAAAUGACUACACUAUAAAGAAGAACCUUGUAAUCUCAGGCUUUCAUUGGCAGUGGAUAGUGUCAAUCCAUUUGGAGAGAUGAGAUCUAUUUACUCGGUGUGGCUUGUUUUUGUUAUCAACAAUAACAUUCCUCCAUGGAUGUCAAUAAAGAGGGAGCACAUAAUGUUGGCAAUAAUUGU